AUGGCUCACGGAAUUUCAGAUAAAGAUCCAACAAAAACAGAACAUGUUGAUACACCAGAAAUACUCGAUAAAAAACUUGAGCAAUUAGCUGAUUGGAUUCGAAAUGCAAAACAUUUUAUUGUAUUUACAGGUGCCGGUAUAUCGACAUCUACUGGUAUUCCUGAUUUUCGAUCAAGUAUGAAUACACUAUUACCAACAGGACCCGGUGUAUGGGAAUUACGAGAUCAUCCUGGUGCAAAACGUCCGCCAAAUGCUCGUACUACUACAUCGACAAAAGCAAUUCCAUCAGUUACACAUAUGGCUCUUGUUGAAUUAGCUCGUCAUAAUCUUCUUAAAUUUGUCAUAUCACAAAAUACUGAUGGUCUUCAUUUACGUUCUGGUUUAUCAUCAACAUUAUUAGCUGAACUACAUGGAAAUUCAAAUUUAGAAACGUGCAGAAAAUGUAAAACAAAAUAUUUACGAGAUUUCCGUACGCGUACUUCGAAAAAAGUUCAUGAUCAUGCAACAACUCGUAAAUGUACUAAAUGUGGCGCAAUACUAUAUGAUUCCAUUAUAAAUUUUGGUGAAGAUUUACCAAAUUAUGAAUUAAAAACAAGUUUUGAUAAUGCAGAACAUGCGGAUGUUUGUCUUGUGUUAGGUUCAUCAUUGCGUGUAACGCCAGCGGCUGAUAUUCCACAACGAGUCGGUGAACGUCGUGAAAAAUUAGUCAUUGGAAAUCUACAAUUAACUCCAUUAGCAAAAUUAGCCUCAUUAAAUAUUCAUGCAAUGUGCGACGAUUUAAUGCGAGGACUAAUGGCUAAAUUAGAUAUUCCAAUACCAGAAUGGGAACUUCAUCGACGAAUACGUAUUACAAUUCAAAAUCAAACUCUUACAAUAAUGGGUCUUGAUCUCUAUCAAGAUAUAGCCUAUACACUUCUUUCAUCAGUAAGGAUAUUAGUUCGAGAAGGAACUGAAUCAAAAUAUGAUUCGCAAACGAUUAGAAAUGCUGAAUCCAUUGAACAUAAAAUAAAAGUUGAUAAUCCAAAUGAUAAAAUGGAUGUUUAUAUUGAAUUGAAUUGGCAAGGACAUUACAAUGAGCCGAAAUAUACAAUUAAAGUUCCUUUCACGAGCUCAUCAACGGAAGUAAAUCUUUUUUAUAAUCCCAAAACAGGAACUUGGAGAGAACAAUAA